AUGGCCAAAACCACCUCGCUGCGCUGCCGGGUGCUGGAGGGGAAGGACCUGCCCGCCAAGGACCUGUCUGGCUCCAGUGAUCCCUACUGCGUGGUCAAGGUGGACAACGAGGUGGUGGCCAGGACGGCCACCGUGUGGAAGAGCCUGAACCCUUUUUGGGGUGAGGAAAUCACGCUGCUUCUGCCCCGUGGAUUCCACAGCCUCACCAUCUACGUGCUGGAUGAAGACACCAUUGGGCAGGACGAUGUCAUUGGCAAGGUCUCGCUCAGCCACCAGCAGAUCUCGGCUGAGCCACAGGGCAUUGACAGCUGGCUCAGCCUGACACCUGUGAACCCCGACCAGGAGGUGCAGGGUGAGAUCCACCUGGAGCUGCGAGUCCCCGAGCGGGGCCACCCACGGGUGCUGCGCUGCCACCUCAUCGAGGCCAGGGACCUGGCCCCCCGGGACACCUCGGGAACCUCGGACCCCUUUGGCCGGGUGUCGUGCUGCGGGCACACGUUGGAGACAGCCGUGGUGAAGAAAACCCGGUUCCCGCACUGGGAUGAGGUGCUGGAGUUCGAGCUGCCGGAGGGGGAGCUGGGAGAGGCUGUGCUGAGCGUGGAGCUUUGGGACUGGGACAUCGUGGGCAAGAACGACUUCCUGGGGCGGGUCGAGUUCUUCUUGGACACCCUCUGCCCAGGCCCCACGAGGGGCUGGUUCCAGCUCCUGCCCUUCCCCAGCACCACUGAGGACCGUGGGGGACAGCUGGGUGCCCUGAGGCUGGCAGUGAGGCUGCUGGAGGACACGGUCCUGCCCCCCCACCACUACCAGCCCCUCAUCCAGCUCCUCACCGAGCCCAUCCUCUGCCCAGCCCAGUCCCCUGAGAGCACAGCCCUGGCUGUCCUGGAGGAGGUGACCUCAGGGGAAAGUCGGCAGGACGUGGCCACGAAGCUGGUGAAGCUCUUCUUGGCCCAAGGGCUGGCUGUGCCCCUCCUGGACUACCUCACCACCCGCGAGCUGGCCAGGACCACUGAUCCCAACACCCUCUUCCGCUCCAACUCGCUGGCCUCCAAAUCCAUGGAGCAGUUCAUGAAGGUGGUAGGGCUGCCCUACCUGCACGAGGUCCUGAAGCCAGUGGUGAACCGCAUCUUUGAGGAGAAGAAAUAUGUGGAGCUGGACCCCGGCAAGAUGGAGCUGAGCCGGGGCAGGAGGAUCUCCUUCAAGGGCUCCCUGUCGGAGGCACAGGUGCAGGAGAGCAGCCUGGAGCUGCUGAAGGGCUACCUGGGGGACAUCAUGGAGGCCAUCGUGGGCUCGGUGGACAAGUGUCCCCUCCCCAUGAGGGUGGCCUUCAAGCAGCUCCGCAGGCGGGUGGAGGAGCGAUUCCCCUCGGCACAGCACGAGGAGGUCCGGUACUUCUCCAUCAGUGGGUUCCUCUUCCUUCGCUUCUUUGCUCCUGCUGUCCUCACCCCAAAGCUCUUUGGGCUCCGGGAGCAGCACGCGGAGCCCUGCACCGGCCGCACACUCCUGCUGCUCGCCAAGGCUCUGCAGAGCAUCGGGAACCUGGGGCUGCAGCUGGGGCAGGGCAAGGAGCCGUGGAUGGCCCCGCUGAACGCUGUCCUCCUGCCCAGUGUCACCCGUGUCCGGGCCUUUCUGGAUGCCCUGGUCACCGUGGUGGACGAGGUGCCAGUGCCGCAGGGACAUUCCCAGCCCUCGGCCACCAUCAAGGAGGGUCCCCUGCACACCUGCCCAGAGGGGGGGGCAGCACUGCUGCCCCGCUUCUCCUUCAAGAAGAGGCACUUCAGGCUCAGCACCCAGGCCCUGGCCUAUGCCAAGGUGCCCCAGGGGCAGGUGCUCGGCUCCAUCCCGGUGGAGCAGAUCCGGGCAGUGGAGCAGGUGGACAAGGGCACCUUCCAGCACCCCCACGUCCUGCAGGUGGUGGCACAGGAUGGCACCGGGCAGCUCCACACCACCUACCUCCAGUGCAAGAGCGCCCCGGAGCUGUGGCAGUGGCUGUGGGCGCUGCGCCAGGCCACCAGCGCCAACCGCGACAUGCUGCCCACGUGCCACCCCGGCACCUUCCACGCCGGCCGCUGGACCUGCUGCCUGCAGCCCACCCGUGCCGUGCCCGGGUGCAGCCGUACCCACAGCGCGGUGCUGCUGGGGGAGUGGAGCGACCUUGGGGACCUUGGGGACCCCGCGGUUCCUUUACAGAGCCUCUACGGGCACCUGCGGGCAGCGCUGGCCGGGGGUCCCACGGGCAGCGCGGUGGCCGGGCCCCCCCGCCCGGGCCAGGCAGGGGCACCCGCUGGGGACAGGCUGCAGGAGGUGCUGCGAGACCUGGACAUCGCCCACGACGCCUUCACCCACGGCGACGAGACCCCAGAGCCACCCCCAAAGAUGUACAUGGCACCGGCUGUGCGCGGCUCCCUGGGGCAGCGGCGGGUGACACGGGUGACACGGGUGGCACAGACGCGCAAAGAGGCCACGGGUAGAAAAAGACCACGACGCUAUCGCCACGAGAGCGGGGCGAGCCGGGACGGGACGGGACGGGGCGACAGACAGACACACACGGGGACACGCGGUGGGCGGCACCGGGUGGCCCGGGACGGGGGACGAGCCCGCCGGGCGGGGCUGCGGUGA